UAACUAUCUACUACUUAUACCAUAAGUAAACCACCCCCCGCUUGGCACAAACAACCCCCAGAGCUGGCCUCGUACUCUCCAUACAGAUCUGGCGCUUCUCCCUCUUCCAGAAGGCAGUUCGUCGUGUUUCAACAUGUACGAUUCAUAUCGCCCCCAUCCGCUUCUCGCCCAGGUGCCUUUGACUGUCUCCCCUUUUAUCUCCCUCCCCACGGCAGUGACGCUGCCUUACACCUAUAAGUCGGUUCCGUCGACCAUUCCCCCUUCUGUCACUGUCGAUCCCAGCAAUCCAGAUGCCAAAGCCCGUUACGUUGUCUCCUCCAGCGGUGGUCACGCGGCGCAUCCCGAGGAGAUCAUCGCCUCCUGUCAAUCCCUGGAGGAUCACCUGAAGAAGACCCUGCAAGACGCAGAGACUGCGAUCAAGGAAUGGGAGGAAUCAAUUCAGCAAAGAGAACUCGCGGAGAAGAGACGUCUUGCUCCUGGCUGGCUGGAUCGCGAGGAGAAGCUCCUCCAGCCAAUGCAACCGUCUUCGUCCCAGGGUCAGUCGAAGCAUGAGCGACAGCCCAGUCUUCUGGAUAGUCAGCCUGAUGAGGCAGUCUCCGAAGUGCCGGUGGUGGCACCCAAGGAUGAGGGUGAAGAGCUUGAUCGCGCCUUUGGUGGUCUGAAUAUGAAGUGAGCGGUACCUCAUCAUCGGUGAAUUAUGAGCGUUGCGUCGCGUACUAUGAGCAAGGAUGGACAUAUCUCAAGGGAAGCCUAUGAGUGUGAUUCCGUUCUAGCUGCCACGUGUACUGGGCAGUAGAUGGAGAACUGCCCGGGACAAUAUCUGGACGAUAUUAGACAGUCGAUUCUAGCGACAGCGUCUCCUCAAGGCGUCACCGGUUGUGAUGUCUCGAACCACCCCGAUCACUGCAGCCUUGUUACGUUUCGCCCAAUGCAAACAAUGGCGG